AUGGCGGGGAGGGCAGGAGCUCUAGUGACGAUCGAUGAGGGCCUGGUGGCCAUAGUGUGGUCAGUGGGUCAGCAGGCUGCAGCGGCAAAGGAGGAGGCACCUCUCGGACUCCCUUUAAAAGGUUCAUGUCAAGAUUCUUCUGAUGCACAAUCAAAAGUUUCUAAUUUUGGUAUUCCCAAGGCAACUGAUGCCUUGUCUGGUGAACUUUGGGGUGUAAAGAUGGACAGGAUACGCAAAGCUUCAGCAUAUGGAAAAUUAUCUGGUUGGGACUUGCGGUCUGUAAUUGUGAAAAGUGGUGAUGAUUGUAGGCAAGAGCAUCUCGCUGUGCAAUUAGUUUCCCACUUCUAUGAUAUAUUCCAAGAAGCUGGUCUCCCAAUCUGGUUGCGUCCUUAUGAAGUCUUAGUUACUUCUUCUUACACUGCUUUCAUUGAAACAAUUCCAGAUACGGCCUCACUUCAUUCUAUCAAAAGUAGGUUUCCUAACAUCUCAAGCUUACGUGACUUUUUUGUGGCCAAGUAUCAGGAAAAUUCUCCAAGUUUUAAGCUUGCCAAGAGGAAUUUUGUUGAGAGUAUGGCUGGAUACUCUAUAUUUUGCUACCUUCUACAGGUGAAGGAUCGGCACAAUGGAAAUCUCUUGAUGGAUGAGGAAGGUCACAUUAUACAUAUAGAUUUUGGCUUUAUGCUUUCUAAUUCACCAGGGGGUGUAAACUUUGAGAGCGCACCAUUUAAAUUAACUCGUGAACUUCUUGAGGUGAUGGAUUCUGAUGCUGAGGGAGUUCCAAGCGAGUUAUUUGACUAUUUUAAAGUUUUAUGCAUACAAGGUUUCCUUACAUGUCGUAAGCAUGCGGAGCGCAUCAUACUUUUGGUUGAAAUGUUGCAGGAUUCUGAUUUCCCAUGCUUUAAAGGCGGUCCACGGACAAUACAGCACCUAAGAAAGAGAUUCCAUCUAAGUUUAACUGAAGAGCAAUCCGUGUCCUUGGUACUGUCCCUGAUCAGUAGCAGCUUAGAUGCAUGGCGGACUCGGCAAUAUGAUUAUUAUCAGCGGGUCUUAAAUGGGAUAUUGUGACUUUAUAACUAAAUCUUGAUUGCCCUUGCACCAUCCUCUCCUUGAACAAGCCAGUCCAGUGGAGAUUGAAGAAUUAUUCAAAUCAAUGGUACAUUUGUGUACCAGGAUGCUGAUAAGCUAUAAAGAUGGCACACUGAGCUGGCCCAGAAGUUCCUCGAUGGCCAGGAAGUUAGUAGAACCAUCAGUUUAUGGUCUGUACAUUUUGGGGUGAGAAAGGUAUAAUUGUAUCGGCAGAUACUAGUUGGAAGUUUACCCAACCAGGAACUGGGGGGUUAUCAUUUUGCCUCAUGUGGUAUGAAAUUCAAAUGGGCUUGCUGGUCCAUUGGCCUGCUUGUGUCCGAUAUCUGGCACUUUAAAGGGAGAUAUACAGGCCGCAAGUCUGUUUUGGUGCUGCAAAUGUACAGAAGGUGAUUCCAUUGGGGAUUACGGAUCCAGACUAGAAAUGGCUGCCUGCAAGGAGAAAUUCAUGUUGGCAGUUGAACUUUGCGGGGUGUCAGAUUUUUUAGUUUCAUAAAAGUGAUGCUUACUGAAGAGUUCAAGCUGGUAGAGGGAUCUAAGCAGUUCGAUAUUUGCGAAGCUUGUACAUCUCGUCUUUGAUGUGGAUUGAUUCUUUGGCUGUACAUGGAGAUUCUGAGAACGGAAGUUGGCCGGCUUUUUCUUUCUGCUCUACAAUCGUUCAUGGCACAUUGAUUACUUCUAUAUGAUUCAAUACAACUAGCAGGAAAUUUUUCUGUAUUCAUCUGAAGAUUGGAAAUGGCCUUAGUCUAUGGUGUAUAAUAUUUUUGUUUGGUUUAUUGUAGAAGGUAAUUUGUUCAUUUGCCAUUAAUGUACGAGUUCUU